AUGGUUCUCUGGGACUUCAAGGCUCGCUGUGCUGAUGUCAGAUGUCAGGCCAUUGAACCCCUAAGGUCACCAGUUGUUAGUUGGGUGGUUCCCUCGGCCUCCCAGACUGGUUUUGUCAGAGGUGUGGUGUCUAGAGCGAGUCUGAGUGGGUGCCAGACAGUGAAUGGUGUUUUCAUCACCCCUGUUUGGCUUGAACUGUGGACCUCUGGGUAUGGACGCUGUGGGCAGCUUGGUCACGGCACGGCAGAUAACUGCCCCAUUCCUCGCACUGUGCUUGACCUGUGUGGCUCAAAGGUCGGCCAGGUCGCCUGCGGGAGAGGUCAUACCCUGGUCUACAUCCCCUCGCAGGGCCACGUGUAUGCAUUUGACCAGGGGCUCUCAGGGCAGCCGGGCACCAAGACUCCACACAGCAGGGAAUUACCUCAAGUGGUAGUGUGCCCAUGGCUGUCCCCAGGGGGUGCCAGCCUGCUAGACUAUGCAGAGGAGGACAGCCCCAGUGUGUGUUUGAGGCAGAUCUUCGCAGGGGGUGACGUCAGCUUGGCCACCGUCAGCAGGGAGAGUGGGGGUGCUGAGGACUUUUGCAGCCCUCCCCUACCCCGACCAAAUGCCCUCUCUCUCACAAUUCAAGAACAUAUGAUUAAGAAACUUCUGUCAAUUGAGGAAGAAGACAUGAUUGAUGACGAUUUGUUUACGUUCGUACUGGCAUUCAAAACGUGGCCAAGAGUCUUCCUUCGCAUCCCCCCAGCCAGGACGCCUUACGCUGUUAUGUCCUUCCCCUGUACAAGGACUUCACUGACCCUAAACAAACGGCCAAACUCCAAACGCCGUAUGCUGAGGGAGUGUUGAAGCUUGACAAGGAGAUGGCGGAGGUGUUCAGGACUUUCCACUAAGGCUGGUUACUGUGUACAAGAAUGUGGUGGUACAAAUACUGAAUUUUGCUCACCAAUCUAGCUCUGAGAGACCGGCGUGCCCUUGUGCCUCCCCUGCGGCUGUUGUCCCUGGUCCACGGUCUGAACUUCCAAGCCGGCUGCCGAGUGGGGCGGUUGAACUACGACGACUUUUACAUCCCAGAAAUUGCUAUUAGAAAAUUGAUAUUAGGAAUGAUUACUUGAACUGGAUGAACAGCAGGCUUCACCCGAUGUCCAGGAGGGAGAGUCCAAUCCUGUUCUGUGAGUAUCCAUUCUUGUUCGACCCUCAGGCCAAGACGCUGGCUGGUGCUCAGGUGUGACGCCACUCGUCAGGGCGAAUGUUUCCCAGACCACCCGGUCAUACGCACGUUCUGGGAAGUAUUUCACAAACUCUCCCUGGAGCAGAAGAAGUUGUUUUUGAAGUUCCUGACGGGCACUGACAGGGUUCCUAUUCUGGGCAUGAAGGCACUCAAGUUGAUGAUCCAAAGCACAGCAGACGACAGCUUCCUUCCUGUCGCACACACCUGCAUCACCCAACUCGACCUGCCAAAAUACAACACCAAAGAGAAGCUGAAAUACAAACUUCUACAGGCCGUACAGCAGAGUGAAGGGUUCGGCCUGGUGUGAGGGUGUCAGGGGGUGUUGACGGGGUGUGAGGGGGUGUUGAAGGGUGUGAGGGGGUCAGGGGGAGGCUGUGUGAGUUGGAUAAGAGUGACCUUGUGUGUGGGAGGAAGUGCCUGUUAAGAAAAUAGAAUAUAUAGAAAUUAAUAGAAAAUAUAUGUAAUAGUUUACAGAAUUAUUAUUAUUAUUAUUAUUAUUAUUAUUAUUAUUAUCAAAUUGAGUAUAUUUUUUAGUCUUGUUACAAAAAAAAAUGAGUGAAAUAAAGAAAAUGAAAAAGGUAA